AUGAUUCUUCUACAUACAAUUGUGGUUUUGCUGGUCAGUUCUCAGCUGGGCGAAGGUGCAGAGUCCUUGUCAAAGUACAAUGUGGACAUCAAGGAGACGAGCGUGUCUGGCAUCAGCUCUGGUGGCUACUUUGCCGUGCAGAUGCAGGUCGCCUUCAGCAGCUUCAUCAAGGGUGCGGGCAUCGUCGCCGGAGGCCCUUAUGACUGCGGAGCAGAGCACCUGGUCCUCUUCUGCAUGACCAUGGCUUCGCCCCUGGGCACGAGUGGACUCUCGAGAACGCGUUCCUGGUCGGGCACUAAGAUUGACGACAUUGCCAACAUGAAACACCAGCGGGUGUACCUCAUCUCCGGCUCACUGGACGUGGUCGUGCAGCGAGCGGUGGUCAAUCAGCUGUACGACUACUACGUCACCAGUGGUCACCUGGUCGCAGAAGAGAAUGUGCACUACAACAAGGACCUCCAUUCCGGGCACACCUUCCCCACAGACUUUAGCAGUGCAGGGGACAAUGCCUGCAGCAGCAGCAGUUCGCCCUUCAUAAGCAACUGUGAAUUUGACGGCGCCGGUGCCAUACUGCGUCACAUCUACGGCAACAGUCUAACCAAUCGAACGGCUCACCCGGCCGGCAAGUGGAUCACCUUCAAACAAACCGAGUUUGCUCCUUCUGCAACGCACAUUGGCCUCGCCGAGGAGGGCUAUCUCUACGUGCCAAAGAGCUGCGCAUCAGGUGCCAAGUGCCGCCUGCACAUCGCCUUCCACGGUUGUGCGCAGAACUACGCCACCAUCGGCAGCAAGUUCCUCCUGCACACCGGCUUCGACCGGUGGGCGGACAACAACCACCUUCUGGUGCUCUUCCCCCAGACCAAAGUCGACUACCUGCUCCACUUGACGCCUGCCAACGGGUGGCUGAACAACGCCAACGGCUGCUGGGACUGGAUGGGCAUGUACGGUAGUGACUUCUCUACCAAAAGCGGCGUUCAGAUGGCCACCAUUCGCAAGAUGAUUGAGCGAAUCACUGGACAUUGA